AUGGCAUUUCCACUACAAGCACAGCAGCCGAUACCGCCGCUUCAGUUUCUACAGCUAGACGAUCCGCAAAAUGAAAACGUAGACAGCAGGCCGUUCUCGCCUUGGGCAGCGCGUUUUGGGAUCACAGACACUGAUCAGGAUGCCGUCUUUGACAGGGCUCCCGAACAGAAAUCGGGUGUUGCCCCUGACCACUCAACUACUCACGCUAUAUGCCUCAUCAGCCCAUUUAUUCACUCCAUAUACUACGAUGACCCGCUCGAAACAAAAGACCAAGGAGUAUUCUCAGGCCAGGACGACAUUGAUAGAUUCUUCUUCGCUGAAACGAAAUAUCGAGGUCGUUUUGAAAACAUUGCCCCAUGGCAAUUAGGCCCUCAAAACCGCGUUGUUCGAUUUUCACGCCGAGGAUACGUACCAGGCGGAAAUAUCAGGUCGCUUGUUCAACCUAAAGUUACCACAAUCCACGCAGCGAUUUUCGGCACAGAGCGCAUAGAAGUCAACGAAGACAGGUGGUUUAAAUGCUUCAGAAAGGAUCGAUGGUGGGGCUCAGUAGCCUCCCCUAAAGACCAAAGGGAAUUUCUCGUGGAGGGUGAUCGCUGGUCCGUCGACGAACCCAGGGCAUGGUACUGGAUUAGUAUGGUAAUUGAACUAGUAGACCGAAUGCUUAAAGCACUUGUUAAGGAUAAGCACCCAUUCUUGGAAACUAUACUUUACGGGAAAUUAACUUACUGGAAUGACCCAGAAUACAUACAAGCUGCCCCUUCUGCGGAGCCCCAGCCCGAGGCUAAAGUCCUCUUAUCACGAGCUUUCAUGAAACAACGGUGGCAGGCAGAGAAUGGCGACGCGCCGUUCAACUGGGAUACGAUUUUGGAUAAAUAUGACGAAUCUAUGUGGACUGCGCGUAUUGAACAUCUGAGUUCGGAUCAGCAAUGGGCAUUCUUGCCACCUACUGAUGCUGAUGAUGAUGUUUAUGCGGGAGUCACAGAUCCGACACGGGGUGGUCUCAUUUGUUUGAAUUCUAUCAGAUUAAGGGCACUAAUGAACAAUCGAUACACGCUAGCUGAGCGUUGUAACGCAAUAGUUGCUCAAGCAGACACAAUGGUACACGAACUUGCACAUGGCCUGGUGCAUAGGCGAAUUAAACACGAUACUGACCAAUUUUUUACCACUUUGAACCCAUACAAUGACGAUUGGUUGCAAUUCCCUAGAAUGAACUCGGAGCCUUUUGUGGACUAUGGAGGGUCGGCGGAAAUGGGGUACGCCCUGGAGAAAGUUAUGUUUGGUGGUCCCAUUCGUAUAGUUGGGUUGAAGGGCGAGCAGGAACCGAUGCUCGGCAUCCACAAGUUAUCAUGGCCCUUCCCAGAUUAUGGAGGCCAAGGCGGUCUCGGCCGCACAGCCAGUGGACACCCAGCCUAUCAAGAUGGGGUCGAUAACACGCUUACCUUGGUAACAUCACUCUGGACAUCGAAGUUAUUAUCAGAAGAAUUCUGGAAAGACGAUACGAUCCCUAGAAAGAGCGACAAUUUCUUUCACAGUAUCGACUUUUUCCGUUCCGAGCAUCCAUAUUAUGCCGCCACAUUUUCCAAAAGUUCAAGGCCCUCACCAAUGAUCAUGGAUCGCGAAACGAUUACGGAAUUACGUGAGCAGGGACAAUUAGAUGAGGGGCUUGCGGAUGUGAUUUCAGAUUGGGAGUUAAGGGAGAGCCUGUACAACCAAGCCCGCGCUGGAUGGUAUGACCAGGAACGCCAAAAAUGGUUGAAUUCACCAUGGGCCAACCUAGAAGCGCGGAAAAGAUUUCACAUCUUCGAUGCCGAAAUGAAGAGGACUUUUGUGAACAGACGACUUUACCAUUGCGCCUUCAAUGCACAUUGGCUGAUGAGCACCAUCCCUUGGGGAUCUCGAGUUCAGUAUACCACUUGUUUGCAUCAAAAAGAAAAGCUGUGGCCGUGGCACGCAGUUGGCUUGCUUAUGAUGGCGGCGAUUCCCCUUCGACCAAUAGAUUUCACAACGAAGCCUCUACUGAGGUUGAUACAGGAAACUCUCUACCCUAGCUCGGAAAACCCAACUUCGAAGCCGGUCUGGAAGUAUUUGCGAGGGCCUGCUCUUGGGGACCCUAAUGCCACAGAAUGGACGCCACCUAGUGUGUUCAGCGAUCCUCUCGGCCGGGAUGGACAGAUCUUCUUCUUUGGCCAAUAUACGCACAUUGAUUUCCUAGACCAGGUGAAGAAACUAGUCAGGUAUUUCGCCGAUAAGGAGAUGCCCGUAUCGAAACCCUGGAUUGACGAGCUUUUACGGGUUGAGGCUCGGAUACGAGAGCAGCGUCAGCAGCAGCAACGUGGGAUGGCCUCGCCCCUGGAUAAUGCGUUGGCGUAUGCGGAUACUGCCUGGGACUUCAAGAUCCCGAAAUAUGAUCCAAAUGAAAAAUGGUGGUCUUCAACUGCUGAUGGUUGGGUGGAUCUUUGA